UGCGCCCUCGCCGUCAUCCAUCGAGAGCAGUUUGCAGCAUCAAAGAGCACGCAGUAGCUAGCUUUCAGUUCUUCAUCCAUCAUGCCGGGCCUCACCAUCGGCGACACCGUCCCCAACCUGGAGCUGGACUCCACCCAUGGCAAGAUCCGCAUCCACGACUACGUCGGCAACGGCUACGUCAUCCUCUUCUCCCACCCCGGUGAUUUCACCCCGGUGUGCACGACGGAGCUGGCGGCCAUGGCCAACUACGCCAAGGAGUUCGAGAAGCGGGGCGUGAAGCUGCUCGGCAUCUCCUGCGACGACGUGCAGUCCCACAAGGAGUGGACCAAGGACAUCGAGGCCUACAAGCCUGGGAGCAGGGUGACGUACCCGAUCAUGGCGGACCCGGACCGCUCCGCCAUCAAGCAGCUCAACAUGGUCGACCCGGACGAGAAGGACGGCCAGGGGCAGCUGCCGUCCCGCACCCUGCACAUCGUGGGGCCGGACAAGGUGGUGAAGCUGAGCUUCCUGUACCCGUCGUGCACGGGGCGGAACAUGGACGAGGUGGUGCGGGCCGUGGACUCGCUGCUGACGGCGGCCAAGCACAAGGUGGCCACCCCGGCCAACUGGAAGCCCGGGGAGUGCGUGGUGAUCGCGCCCGGCGUCUCCGACGAGGAGGCCAAGAAGAUGUUCCCGCAGGGGUUCGAGACCGCCGACCUGCCCUCCAAGAAGGGGUACCUCCGCUUCACCAAGGUCUAGGCGUGCGCCCGUGCUAGCUCGUCCGCGCUUGCUCGGUUACUUCACUUGUGGCGGUCUGUGUCAUCGUGGUGCGUGCGUACUUUUGUGGUGCUUUAUCUCGUUUCUUCUGUAAAUCUACUAGCGUCGCCGAGCUAUGUAUGUGUACUGUGACUUUGUCUCUUUCAUGUGUUCGAUCGCCGGUAUACAUGGGUGUGUGUUGGGACUGUU